AUGGCAAGCGAGCUUUCCAGAGACGAGAUCGAAGAGAUCCGUGAGGUGUUUGAACUCUACGAUUUCUGGGAUGGCCGUGAUGGAGAGGUAGAUGCUUUCAAGACCGGGCAUAUGCUGUACUGUCUGGGUUUGAACCCAACCCUUGAGACUAUCAGGAAAAUUGGAGGAACAGAAAAACUUGGGGAAAAGGCAUACAAAUUUGAGGAGUUUCUGCCAAUUUACUCUGCUGUCUCCAAAGAAAAAGACACUGGUACAUUUGCUGACUUUAACGAAGCCUUUAAAACAUUUCGACAGAGAGGGCCAGGGAUUUAUCUCAGCUGCAGAAAUGAGGCAUGUCCUCACAUGUCUGGGUGA